AUGGGUUCGUCAAUUUCGGGGUUCAUCGCCGAGGCGGUCCUGCAACAAUUAGAGUCGCUGGCCUUCCAACACCACAAACCGAAGUUCUGGGCCCGGUAUGUUGAUGAUAACUUCGUCGUUAUCGAACGGAAUCAACUGUUGACAUUCAAGGAACAUCAGAAUGCGGUCAUCACGGACAUAAAAUUAACGAUGGAGGAGGAAGAGAACAACCAGCUGGCCUUCCUGGAUGUCCUCGUAUGCCGCAAAGGUUGUGGUGGACUAAAGACCGAAGUGUUCAGGAAAAAGGCCAAAUACGAUGCAAGUACUGAACUUCAACAGCAAUCACCCAAUCAGUCACAAACGCAGUUGUUUAAAGACGCUCCAUCGGCGUGUCGAAACGCAUUGCAGUGA